GCCGGCCGGCGGGCCAGGCUGAGGCAGCGCCGCGGCGGACAGCCCAGCAGACACUCGGCGCCGCCGCACCAUGCGGGUCGCGCUCCUCCUGCUCGCCCUUCUCAGGUGGGCGGCCUCGGUGUGCGGGGAAGAGUGUCCGGAGAAGGCGGCGUGCCAGCGGCUGCGGGGACACCGCGUCGUCUGCUCCGGAGGGCUGCACCAGUUCGCCACGACCGCCGCGCCUCGCGUGCGCUCGGUGCGGCUGUGCGACUGGCCGGAGGCGACGCUCGACCCCGCGGCGCUGGCCCGAGCCUUCCCGGGCGCCCAGCAGGUGGCGCUGCUCAGCGCCAACGUCUCCCGCCUCUCCGCGCCGUUCCCGCCCAUGGCCAAGCUGGAGACGCUGAACAUGACGGGUCUCGGCCUCCGCGAAUUACCCGAGGACGCCCUUGGGAACCUCACAUCUCUCCGCACGCUGGACUUGCGGAAUAACCACCUGGAGCGUCUGGAUCCCGAGCUGUUCGACGACCUGGAUGAGCUGAAGCAAGUCUACUUGUCAGGUAACAGGUGGGACUGCGCGACAGCCGACCUGACGUGGUUGCUGGGCGACGACGGAGCGAUCGUCAAGGACCGCGACGCCAUGCGCUGCGGAGACGCCAACUUCACGGAGCGGCCAGUCGUGCGAGUCAUGGAAUUCAUCAAGGCGAUGCAGGAGAAGUGCCCCAGCAACUGCACGUGCUGGAUGGGCUACGUGGCGCCCACCAAGGAGGGCUUCCUGCUGCCCAUCAUCACCGUCGACUGCAGCGGCCGCGGACUCACGCAGCUGCCCGAGGACGUCCCGGAGAACACCACCACACUCAUCCUCACAGGCAACAAGAUCCGCGACGUGUCGCGGCUGUCGCGCGGCCUGGGCCACUACCCGCGCGUGCUGGACGUGCAGCUGGACGACAACGAGGUGUCCUCGCUGGACGAGCUGGAGGGCUCCCGCUGGCUGUCCACGUUCCGCGCGCUCAGCGUGCGCGGCAACCGCCUCUCGCAGCUGCCCGCCUACGCCUUCGACGACGCGCUCGAGCACAACGGCAACGCUCUGCGACUCGCCCUGGGCCACAACCCCUGGCUCUGCGACUGCCACGUGACGCCUCCCUUCCAGGUGCUACUGCUAAAGUAUUCGAAGCUGGUCACAGAUCUGGAUGACAUUCGAUGCCAGAACAUCGAUGGCGACGAAAAUGCCAAUGUCAAGGUGAAGGACGUGUCGCGCAACUCGGUGUGCCGCGUGCCGGAGGAGCAGCUGGUGCAGCCUCUGGACGUGCUCAACGGCGUGCUGGCGGCGCUGAUCGCUCUCUCGCUCGCCAAGCUCGCCUACGACUACUGGGCCUUCAAGCGCACCGGCAAGCUGCCCUGGCUCGUCGGCAAGAUGCCCUGAGCCGCGGCACCAGCCGGCCACGCAUCCAUCCGCUCCCCGCCUGCCGGCGCUCACGGCCACGUCCACAGUAUUUCAACAAGUAACGCAGCCUUACGGGCAGAUGACCGAAUUAGAAAUGUUGCUCUAAGCGCCCCCGAUUACGCGGCUCACGUAACUAAGCACGACGUCGCAGUUUCUUUAAGAGAUGUAACAUUUGUCGAGGAUUUGCAGAAACACACCCUUUAAUUUCCUUCUACGAUUCAGGUAUAGUGUGAAGGUUGUUCAUUUGAACUGUGAUCCGAGCAAGUCAGGUGUGGUGGGCUGUUUCAGCUCUAAGACUGUCCUGCUGAAACCACAUGCUUUUGUUCAUGUUUAGCGUUGAAAAAUUGUUGCACCAUCUGUAUGUAGCGCUCAGUGUUCAUUAUGCCACGAAAUUAUGUGACACUGCGCAUAAAACACACACUUUUUGUGUAUCCAGAGACUAUGAUAUGGAUUUUGCGUGGCCCAUAUGAGUGUGUACGUGCAUUCACAUGUACACCAAGAUGGAAUCUUGCCUCGUCAAACCAAAACAAACUAUCGAAUUCUUAUUCAUAUGCCGUUGUAUAUGACACUGAUGGGAAGGUAUAUGUUUUGCAUUGUCUCCAGAGGACAACUCUUGCGCAUCACGAAUUUUGUGCGGGAGCAAUACAGUUGGGCAAUACAGUGUGGAUGUAACCUCCAGAGAGACCAGAUGUCCCCAACAGGCAUCACACAGACUUCACGGGACCCAAAGAAUAUGCAGCUCCUUUUGGCUGCAUUUGCCACAUUUCCUGUCUUCUGUCGUACAGGAACUUGAUGGUAGAUUAAUUUGGUGCAUUCUUACAAAACCUCUUUGUGAAGACUUCGGAGUGGCGACAUUUAUUGUGCUGAGUGACACUGAAUAUUCUCUUUGGUAAUGUGUAGCCCAUUUCUUUCUCAGUUAAACGAAAAUCAGCGUCUGCAACGAGAAAGAAACAUUGUUCCAUAAGACUGCGUUACUUUUUGAACACCCUGUAUUUGAUGAGGACUACAUUUCGUCGAUCAUUAAUAAUUUAACUAUCAGAAUCGUUGUAAAAGGACAACAAAGUUUCCAGUAUUAAAUACGCUACAAUGGACGUGGCAACAGGACAAAAUGUUUCAGCCAACAAAUCUCGUACACCAUGGGAACAGCAUCUCUCUUAGCUUUAGAUUCAGACCUGUAAGCAGCUGUGUUCAUCUUCAGUUUAUCUGAUAUUGUGGCCUAGUUGUACUCCGUGUUCCUAUUUGAAUUUGUGUUUGUGUAAUUAAUUUUCUAUUGCUUGUCUGUUAUUUUUACUGCUGAAUCCCAGAUUGGCAAAGCGGUCCGUAUUGAAGGAAAUGUGUCUCAAGUACUCUGCAGGUAGUUGGCCACAUAGUAACUGUUGAAAGCUGCAGUAUUCGAUGAAAAGUCUUCGUGCUGUUUUGUUUAGAUCAUAAAGGAUACAUUUCCGCGAAUUUACCGGUAUCCGUACACUUUUUAAAGCAUUAUUGCUAUGUAUCGUACAUACAACAUAUACUUUGAACUAGUCUGUUUCAGCCACCUACACAACUAUUCGUAUCAUAUUCGUUUUCCCGAACAUACCCGAAACAUCCAAAGCAUCAGUAGCGGAUAUUGCUCCACUUAAAUCCACCUACACUCAGAAAUUAAUGAAAUUUGUUAAUGGUUGAAAAUCUUAAAGAGAGUGAGACCUGAAAUUUUGUCAGAAUCGAAACGAUGAGUUACCAACAAUACAGACGUCCACAUAAUCAAGAGGUACUGUAGAUAACAUUCCAACAAUUCAUGAGUAGCAGUUGCUGCACUUUCAGACUGUAGAAAGUUUAAUUGCGUGCUGGGCAAUAAAAAAAACCGAAGAUCAAUCAACAGGACUUUCUUACAUAAAACCGCUGAUCAAAUAAGCGUGUGAACCACAGCAAACAUUUACAUUGUGGAACUCUUUCACGUCUCGAACAAGCAAAGACCUUCCUUCUGGAAAUGGGAAAAGUUGUCCUCCCACCUAUUUCUCAAAAUCAGAAGCGGUGUUUAUUUGUGGGGCCGUUCCAGUAAUUGGUUCCUAAUAAUAUUACCGUUUGUCAGUAAUUUACACAGCUACUUCCGAACAGAUUAUCUGACUUUUUUAAAUGACAUCGGAAAUUACUUCGUGCCAAUAAUUUUGGCUUCCGGUGAAUGUCCAGUUAUGAUAACAGAAUCGCUCGCAUGCAUCAAAGGUCGGUUUUAACUGAACUUACGUCACUUAUAUUUCUUUUACGGCAGUGAACUUGCGCAGUGAGAGUAAUCAGAGCUCAAAGAGGUUGAACGCGCCUUACGCCACAAAGAAAUGUCCCUAGUCUCUCACUUUCUCUCCGCCUCUCUUUACUUCUUUGUGUUUUUCUCUCUGCACUCUCUUCCUCCCUCCCCCCUUUUAUCAAGCGAUCACGUGCCCUGAUACCACUCGCAACAUCAACAAGCAACCAUCCUCUGUGUGUACUCGAUUCUUCCUUCACCCAGUCUUCUGAAACACUCAGCUAUGUUGGAGCGUUUUCAACUAACGUCGUUAGUGCAAUUGAUCCACGGUGGGAGUAAUUUCCCGUGGUCCCCCCGCCCCCCCCCCCCCCCCUUAAGGCUCUGGUCACUGCCAUUUCAGACGUCCUUCCUACUUCUCCAGCGUGUUGGAGCUAUCUGUUUCUCACAAUGUUUAUGAUGUGAUGAGCACACAUCGUAUCACAUACUUUUCUGUUAACCAACUACCUGCACACUCAUCCAUCUUUAACAGCUCUGAGAAUCAGCUUCAUGGUCCUUUUCCGACGCUAUUAACUUCUUUUCUCUCAUACUUCCUAUGUAUCCACAUGUAUUGUCUGUAAAGUACAAUUGAACGAAUAGUGGUCGUGCUCAUCUUAAUCUUUGUUCGAUCUGAUAGCCCUGUUAAACUCAGUGCAGCUCAUGAAACUGUGUUCAUUAUGAACACUUACGGCUGAUAUUCUAGAUCCUCUAUAUAUUUUUAAUUACAUUUCUUCAUUAUUUGUUUCAUACUGCCAUCAUAAUAUUCCGUACUUAUGAUGAAAACUAUCAGAAGUGUUAUUAUUCAAGUAUAUAGAUUACUAACUCUUGCUGAAAAGUAUCACCCUUCGAUCUUAGAAUUUCUGUAACGAACUUCAGCUGCAAUGCGCAAUGACACCUAUUCGAAACCAGGAUGUCUUCUUCCAACUCCGCUCAAAAUUUCUCCAAAUAUACGUGCUAGCUGAGAGAUAGCACUAGUAGGGAAUAUUUUGCCUUCUUUUUGGGCAUGCACUUGUAAAAUGACAAGUGGUCUUUGAUAACAGCGAGCACUAUAACCUGAAUUACGAAACAUUAAAUCAGUUUGUACGAUUCCACAAAAUAAAUUUCUUUUUUCAGUUGACAGCACAUACACAUAUGGUAUUUUCCUAAACAUAAUAACAAAUAUACAGAAGGAAUGGUCAAUAUUCAGGGAUAUGACAGGAAUGAUCAUUCGAAACAAAAAGUCCAGUAAACAUGGACUCUAAAGCGGGUGCUUUAGGAGCUAUGAGCAAUUCUUGAUCUUCGAUACUGUAAAACAAAUCUCUUCUACUUCAAGCUCUUUGAUUUACAUAUUUUGGGAAAUGGUAGCAUCGACGAAAACAAGAAAAGAAAUGUCCAUUAAAUAUGUGCUCUACAAUGUAUGUCUUCAAAGUUAUGAACACAUGUUCAUUAGUGGAGGAAAUAUUUCUUAAUAAUGAAUCUGAAUAAGCUGCCUCUCUCUUACAGAACUCACAAAGAAACGAAUGUUUACCAACGUUGUGGGAGGAGUUUUCAAAUUGCUGUUACUAAUAUAAGUCAUAUACUGCGUUUUUUUUUUAAAUAAAGAGGCCAUUUUCAAGGUCUGCCUUUCCCAGGCAGAGAAAUACCUGCCUUUCAACAUAUUCAUGCUUGUUUUCUGUCCCAAUCUUUGCCCUCCCCCCCACCCCCCCGCCAAUUUUAUGUUGCGUUUUACACUACACUCCAGUAUCAUAGAAGCUAUUCAUUCCCCCUGGCGUCUUAAAGACGUCCUGUUGGCUUGUCCCUUCUUCUAGUUAAUGCUUCAACGUCUUCAUCUUCUCGCUGAUUCUGCGGAUAACCUCCUCGUUUCGUGCGUUAAUAAAUCGCUUAAUUCUGAGAGCUAUUCUGCAACACCACAUCUCAAAUGCCUCUCGUCUCUUCUUUCCCGUUUAUCCAAUAGGCUGCAUUUCACUUCCAAACAAUGCUAUAUAUUCUCUAUUGCUCUGUUAUUUCUUUCUCGAGUUGGGUCCUGUGUUUAAGAACAGCAUAAAUAUUUUGGCGAGGAGUUUUACAAAACAAUCACAAUUUGGGCAGACUGCCUGAAACAACGGUUUAUAAUUACAAAAACGUGAGAUUGCACCUCUUAAAUAGAAAAACACGCACAGAGUUUAAGAAUUAAACUACGAUUUAAAGACAGAAAAGCUAAAUACAUAGCUUGUUGGUCUGCUGGUGGUUAACAGGCGAAAGCUGGAGCCUAACAGAAUCUUGAAGUCUCCAAGAAGAGAAUCACAAGGCGUUGUGAAUGUUAUCAAGAGUCUUCCUACCAAAAUUCGGGGUUUUGAAUACUUUCAUCCACCUCAGAUAACUUCAGUAUUGUGACAGCAUGACAGGUGCGUGGAGCUAAUACAACGCUGAAAAGAGUAGCCAAAUAUUCAUUCACCCCUGGGUACAUAUUUUUAGAUCUGUGUGCCGUUUCCUAACGGCUUUCAUGCUCGUCGUAUUCCAUAACAAGGAGUCGUAACUGCUGCAUGUCAAAUCCAACACAAUAGUUAUCAAGUGCAUGUGGUAUCUCUAGGUUUUCUUUUUCAGUUGUGAAAAAUGAAAAUGUUUUUUCAUCAUUUUCGAAAAUGUUAAUCUCGUUGAGAGGAAAUACUUCUUAAUAAUGAAUCCGAAUAAGCUGCCUCUUUCUUGCAGUACUCACAAAAAAAUGAAUGUUUGCCAACGUUGUGGGAGGAGUUUUCAAAUCGCUAUUACUAACAUAAAUCAUAUACUGCGAAUUUUUCUUUGUUUUGUAAAUAAAGAGGCCAUUUUCAAGGACUACCUUUCGCAAGCAGAGAAAUACCUGCCUUUCGACGUAUUCAUGCUUGUUUUUCCACAUGUUUGACAUCUGUGACUGUUUCGUCUCAUGCACGCAUUUUUUGGAGGGAACAACAAUAUACAUAUACAGCGUUGGUUGCCAGAACUUGUUUUUAGUCUUUUAUAAUUAUGAAACUAAAGUGACCUGAAGAAUUUACAGUCUGCAAUAGAUAUUGCAACGAACUGGUGGAGUCGCGUUCAGGAAACAUUAUUUACGUAUAAGACACUCCCUUAACAAAUACAGUGAAUAAAAUUACAGUAUUAACAACAUUUUUGUGCAUAGUGAAAGAAACAGUGUGAGUUUUGAUCCAAAAAGUAUUACAUGAAGUUACCACAUAAAUUACAUAUAAUUAGUUUGUGACUUAAUAUAACAGUAUUGUCUUUAUUUUUAAUUUUUGUUUUAGAAACUAUUGUUGUAAGACUGAAUAUUUCAAACUAAUUUCAUGACAAGCAUGCAAACGUGCUUGGUGAGUUUCAUUACGUUUCUAUUGUUUAUCAGAAAACUGUGUAUAUAUGUACUAAACAGUCAGUUUUGCGUUACCAUGGACACAUACGUCAAUGCUGGUCAUUUUGAUACGUAUUGUGACAUCUCAAAAAAUGUGCAAUAGUACGUAUUUUUCCUAUAUUGAGAGGCUAUGUAUAGAUAUAGUGUUAUAUUUUUUUAUUUAUUUGUCCGAGA